AUGGAAAGUAAUUCAGACGGGAUAUCUUUUUCUCACUUGGUUAGUGAUGAAUUUUCAAGUUCAGUUAAUUGGUCCGACAAUGCCGACAAUAGCAAUAAAUAUGAAUCCAAUCUAUUCGUUAUCAUUCAACAUGGAGCCAUCAAGAAAUAUGCGUACCCUAUUCUGACUGUUGCAUUCGUCCUUGCAACAAUCGUGAUGUUUAGCGUUCCAUUUGUCAAAGUAAUGAUAUUAAUGACAGCUCUAUUCUUCUUGCAAGGAAUAACUUAUGGUUUAACAGAUCUAUGCGCAACUCACAUCUUACUAACAAUGUGGAACUUAUAUUUUGCAGCACCUUUUAGUGUUGCUCGUGCGGGUGUUGGAACGGGAGGUGUUUUCGUAUAUCUAUUCAUUUAUCCAUUUCUUACGAAACAAGGGGCGUCUCAUAACGAUACCAAUGUUAGCGGAAUCAAUUCAACCCUAACUGUUGUCAGCGCAACCAAAAGUGCACAGUUUAAUAUCAGUAUUCCGUAUUUUAUCACGGGAAGUUUAUGUGCUUUGAUCGCUCUCGGACAUCUGUUCCUCGCCUUUCGAGAAGCGAAAAAUAAGAAAGAAAGAUUAGAAUUCAAACAGAGUGACUACGGUACACUUACAUCCAAUGGAGGACAAGAUGAAGAAGUCCCAUCUCCAUAUUCUCCUCGAACAUUUGGUUAUGGAGAUUAUCGAUAUGGCUUAACGCUUUGCAUCAUAUUCAUUUGCUAUAUCAUUGCUGUUGGUGGAAAUGAACUAGGAUUUCCGGCGUUCUACUUCACCUUUCUCAAAUCGGAUCGAUUCAAUGUAUCAAAUAGCGAAGCGAAUCUAGACAACAUUCUGUUUUGGCUAACGAAUGCUGCGAGUCGAAUCCCUGUAGCAAUUCUUUGUGUUUAUGUGGCAACCAGUAUAAUUUUAAGUGUCAUUCUGACUAGCGGUUUGUGUGUUGGUAUUAUCUGGUUGAUCGUUAUCUGGGUAGUUGGCGCGACGAGCACAAGUUUAUGUAUUCUUGGCACUGCUGCUGGUGCGGUCUUGGGAGCGCUAUUUCCUUUAUCGAUGGCGUACAUCAGUGAACGAAUGCAAGUGACACAUGUUGCUCUCGCUUAUCUGUACAGCGGCGAAGCAAUUGGUGGAGUUCUUUUCUCGAAAAUAUCUGGUGAUGUUAUUGACAGGGAUGCAAGGCAUUUUAUAACGUUGUACACUGCUGGCAUAGCAGUGAACGUCAUUCUUUAUUUUGCGGCCGAAUCUGUUUAUUUUGCUCAUCAAAGAAAAACUUCAUUCGAUACACAAACUUCAGUAACGAAUGGCGUCACGCUUGCUCCGGAAAAUGUCACUGAACAAGAAGAUAAAUAA